AUGGACACUCCCACUGAUACUAUCAAAAAAGCAAAGAGACAUACGCACACCAAUAGCUUUUUCCGAGAGCCUUUGACCGCCUUAGAGGGUUUGAGUUCAUUGAUGACCGCUUUUUGCUUGAAGAGUUUCACAGAUAAUUAUGAGAAUAUUCUGACUUUGUUGGAGACCGUGGUUGACACCCCUGCUUUGCAAACUUUGGUACAGUUCUAUGAUCCUGAGAUGAGGUGCUUCACGUUCCAGGACUACCAGUUGGCUCCGACAUUGGAAGAGUACUCCAUUAUUCUUAAUCUCAAGAUAAAAGAUGAAAUGCCAUUCAUCAACAUUCCUAAGGAAGUGAACUUCAAGUCAAUCUCUGCUUCUCUUUAUUUAAGCAUGAAAGAGGUAUCUGAUAAUUGGAAGUCGAGUGGAGUUUCGGGUUUCCUUUUGACGUUCUUGAUAAGAAAAACUAAAGAGGAAUUUGGGAAAGAGAAUUGGAACGCGUACAAUGCAUUGCUCGUUGUGGCCAUUUACGGGAUUGUGAUGUUCCCAAAUGUUCCCAAUUUUGUAGACUCGACUGCGGUACACCUUUUCAUGGGAAAGAACCUCGUUCCUACAUUGUUGGCCGAUACUUAUUAUGCCAUUCAUUCCCGACAUGAGAAGGGUGGCGGUGCUAUUACCUGUUGCCUUCAGUUGUUGUUCAUCUGGUUCCUCUCUUUGUUACCUAGCAAAGGACCUUUUGUGAAAACAAGAGAGACACUCAAGUUGACCCAAAGGAUUAUGUCACUUACUUCCCAUGAUAUCCAGUGGCAAAGAUACCGAAUUAAUGUUUCUGAGGUAAUUGUUAGGUGUGGAGAGUUCAAUAACGUUCCUUUGGUUGGUACUAGGGGUUGCAUCAAUUAUAAUCCCGUGAUAUCUUUGCGUCAAUUGGGAUCAUUUGAAGGACAAGCCGAAGGAUCAUUUGGUAGCAGGGACGGUCUAUUUUGA